GGAUUUAAUAAUCUAUGAUCUUUAUGGUUUAUGGUAAGAAAACGAAACAGUUUCCAUAUGAUAGCUUGACAGCUGCUUGAGUUUUGUUCUCCGGAAAGUAAUUUAUAUAUAUUUUAUUAUUUAUUUUGUUCAAUUUAUAAUAUGUGAUAUUUAUUAUACAAUUGGUCAAUUUACGAGGCCAUACUUUUUAAUGAAUAUAUAAUCAAAACGAAGAAAAUGUUUUCUGCCUUUAAAAGAUUAGCUGGAAAAUCUGAUGGAGUUAAUAAUGCAUCAGCUAGACCAGCACAUCAAUCCAUGCCAACAACCUUACAAAGAAAAUUUGCUAAAGGAGUACAAUAUAAUAUGAAGAUCAUUAUAAAAGGUGAUAGAAAUGUAGGAAAGACAUGUUUAUUUCAUAGACUUCAAGGCCAAAAAUUUGUUGAAGAAUAUAUUCCUACUGAAGAAAUACAAGUGGCUAGUAUUCAAUGGAAUUAUAAAGCUACAGAUGAUAUAGUAAAAGUUGAAGUGUGGGAUGUUGUGGAUCGUGGAAGACGAAGAAGAAAAUUGGAAGGUUUAAAAAUGGAUAAUUCUACUACUGAAAGCAUUAUUGAAGAGCCUGCUUUAGAUGCAGAAUUCCUUGAUGUUUAUAAAGGGACCAAUGGUGUUAUUAUUAUGAUGGAUAUAACCAAAACUUGGACAUUUGAUUAUGUUCAACGUGAACUUCCAAAAAUUCCUAGCCAUAUACCUGUCAUAGUCUUAGGCAAUCAUUGUGAUAUGUCUCAUCAUAGAACAGUUACAACAGAUCAUAUAACAUAUUUUAUUGAUUCAUUGCACAGACCAUCUGCACAAAUAAGAUACGCAGAAUCAUCAAUGAGAAAUGGUUUUGGAUUGAAACUUUUGCACAAGUUUUUUAAUCUUCCUUUUCUUCAAUUACAAAGAGAAACUUUAUUAAAACAGCUUGAAACUAAUGAAGAAGAAACUCAUUUGACGGUACAAGAACUUGAUCUUUUCCAAGACAGUGAUGAUGCAGAUUAUAAUAAAUUUUUAGACAAUCUUGUAAACAGAAGAAGAGCUCUUGCUGAUUCAGUGUCUGCUAGUAUUCUAGUCCCCAAUGUUACUUCGUCUUUGAGUAAUCAUCGUAUCACACCUUCCAAUGGUAUUAUAACAUCAAGUACUGAAGUACGGCGGUCAGUAUCAAUGCCUGGCCCAAUUGGUGGUGGAAUUCCUAUACCUGUAAAAAAUUUAGAAAUAAAAUCUCCACCAAAAAAGGAAAAUUUAGUAAAUGAUAUCUCAGAGAGUUCUGUUGUAUCAAUGAAAAAUACACAAUCCAUAUCAAGUUUACCUAAUGCACAAAAUGUUUCUAAACCAGAUACUUCUAAAGUAAAUGAAUCUGCACAUGAUAAUUUAGAACGGAAAGAUUGUACAGGAAAAUCACAAUCUUUAAUGUCUAAAAUUUUUGGAAAUAAAAAAGAAGGUGAAACAGAGAGACUAUCUAACAUCAACACUCUAAAUUUGAACAAGCCAUUAACCAGUGUUGAAGACUUUGUACCGGAUGAUGGACCUUUAGACAGAUCUUUUUUAGAAGAUAAUAAUCAGGUGUCUCCUCAAAAAAUACAACAUGAAGAAUUAGAUUCAGAAAGUGAUGUAGAAACUGCAAAUCCUUUGGUGGCAGAAUAUGAAGAUGAUUUAUCAUCGGCUGAUGAAGUGGCAUCUCCUAUACAACCAAAAUUAGCAGAAAAUCCAUUAAAUAAGCAAAAACUGAAACGCGAAUCAAUAUUAAAUAAUACAGAACUGAAUUCUGAGGCACAAAGACAAAUUAAUAAACGUGAUUCUAUCUCAUCUAUAGAACAAGAAAUUCAUAUUUCAAAUAACAUUAGAAUUAAUGAACAGCCUGAUGUAUAUCCUGAUGCAUUUGAUAGUUGGUUGCAAUGUGAUUCUAAAUGGCGACAAAGUCCGGAAGGUGGUGAAGAUGUAACUUGUAACAGUACAAGGAGAGAUAAAUUGGAAUUAAGUGAUAAAAGUUUAGAUGUUAGUGUUACAAGUUCUAAUGUUCAUUUAGAGUUACUUGAUAAUAUUAGCAUGCAACAUAUAAGUUCUAAUGGUAGUAGUCCUGUAAUGAAGGAAAAAAAGAAACAUAAAGAAAAGAUAGAUGAAAAAGAGAAAAGGAGAAAAAAGAAAUCUAAAGAUAAGGAAAAAGAUAAAGAGAAGAUGGAUAAAAGUGAUAAGAAAAAAAAGCGUUCUCUUCAUAGAUCAAGAGAUGAAAAUAGACGACGUGAUGAAUUGGAAGAAUUUUUAAAUGGUCCCCCUAUGAGAAUCGGAGUUGAUAUUGCUUAUGAAGCGAUAUAGUAUUAAUAAUGCAUAAAUAAAUAAAUAUAUAUAUAUAUAUAUAUGUAUAUGUAUAUGUAUGUGUAUAUAUAUAUAUAUAUAUAUAUAUAUAUAUAUAUAUAUAUAUGUAUGUAUGUAUUUUCUUUGUAUCUAUAAUAAUCUGUCAUGUUUUUGUGCAUGGAUAUAAAUUAAUUUGAUGUAAAAUAUGGUACAUCAAUUGGCAAAAGACAGUCUUUAAAUGUCAACAAAUUUUAAAAUUUAAUUAAAUUUAUGUAUAUUGUAUUAAAAAACUAGAUAAAAAAUCAUUGUUAAGAUUGUAAAUAGUACAGAUUCAGUCAUUAAUAACUUAGUUAUUAUUAACAAGAACAAUUCAUAUAAAAAAUUUUCUUUUUACUUUUUUUUUUAAUAAUUUAAUUUUAAUACAUUGAGAGAGAUAUUAAAUAAGUAAAUGUAAUAAAUUGAUUAUAUAUUAAUAUUAUAUUCCUUUAUUAAGCAAAAGUGUUAAGAUGGUGUUAUUAAUUUAUAUAUUUUAAAUUGUUAUUAUUUACUACAUUUUAUAUUAAACAAUUUGUAUAAUUAUCAUUCAAUUAACACUGUGAAUAUAAAAGUAUCUGUGAUUUUUGCAUGGCAAAAUUAUCUGUUUUAUUUGCGUGUUUGAUAUAUACAAUAAAAUAUUUUAAUAUUUGGCAAUGAAUUUGUUGCUGCACGAUUUUACUUAUCUUAUGUUUAUAUAUUAUGAAACGUGUAUAUCUAUACUUGUAAAAGCAAAGUAAUUCUGCAUGUUAUGACUUCUUAUAAUAAUAAAUGUAAUAUAAAUUAAAGAUAAAUGAAUCUAUAUAAUUCAAGCAUUAUAUAUGUCUCUCUCUCUCUCUCUCUCUCUCUCUCUAUAUAUAUAUAUAUAUAUAUAUAUAUAUAUAUAUAUAUAUGUAUAUAUGUAUAAAUAUAUAUAUAUAUAUAUAUCCUAUCUUAUAUUUUAAAUAUACUUUUUCACUUGUAAUAAAGCAGGUGGCGUUUUAACGUUUAACUUUUUAUACAGAUCAGUUUGAUCUGAAGUCUGAACUUUCCUAGGUAGUGUAAAAAGAUUGUUAGCCCUGUAUGUCUCUGCUGUUACCAGUUGUUACCUGAAUAGCAUGACGAGGUCAUGGAGGCAUUUAUGUUCCUUGUUUGUUAAAAGAACAUUUUCGCAUACGAUUUACGAUUGAAUUGUGUAUAAGAAACAGUAAAAUAAAUUUGUAAAGAUGUCUCUUUGCUUUCGUACUAUUUCAAAUAAAUUUACAUCG